CUCAGCGGAAGCGUGGGUCGCCAGAGGACGACUCUGGGAAGACUCGGCUCUCCGUUGUGUCUGCACAACCGGAAUCAUGUCGAGUUUGGCGGUGAGAGACCCAGCCAUGGAUCGAUCACUGCGUUCCGUGUUCGUGGGGAACAUUCCGUAUGAGGCCACUGAGGAGCAGUUAAAGGACAUUUUCUCCGAGGUUGGUUCUGUUGUCAGUUUCCGGCUGGUAUACGAUCGAGAGACGGGAAAACCCAAGGGGUAUGGCUUCUGCGAGUAUCAAGACCAGGAGACCGCGCUUAGUGCCAUGCGGAACCUUAAUGGGCGGGAGUUCAGCGGGAGAGCGCUUCGGGUGGACAAUGCUGCCAGUGAAAAGAACAAGGAGGAGUUAAAGAGCCUAGGGCCUGCAGCGCCCAUCAUUGACUCCCCCUACGGGGACCCCAUCGAUCCGGAAGAUGCCCCAGAAUCAAUUACCAGGGCAGUUGCUAGUCUCCCCCCGGAGCAAAUGUUUGAGCUGAUGAAGCAGAUGAAGCUGUGUGUCCAAAACAGUCACCAGGAAGCUCGAAACAUGUUACUUCAAAACCCCCAACUGGCUUACGCCCUGUUACAGGCGCAAGUAGUGAUGAGGAUCAUGGAUCCAGAGAUUGCUUUGAAAAUUCUGCAUCGCAAGAUACAUGUCACACCGCUCAUCCCAGGCAAAUCUCAGCCUGUCUCUGGCCCUGGCCCUGGGAUCUGCCCAGGACCUAAUGUUCUACUGAACCAGCAGAAUCCUCCAGCCCCUCAGCCUCAGCAUUUGGCUAGAAGACCUGUGAAAGACAUCCCUCCUCUGAUGCAGACCCCUAUCCAGGGUGGAAUUCCAGCCCCAGGGCCAAUACCAACUGGGGUUCCCGGACCUGGUCCUGGUUCCUUAACUCCUGGUGGAGCAAUGCAGCCCCAAGUUGGAAUGCCAGGGGUUGGUCCUGUGCCUUUAGAGCGGGGACAGGUGCAGAUGUCGGAUCCUAGAGCUCCUAUGCCUCGUGGACCCAUGACUGCUGGUGGCCUGCCUCCUCGAGGACUGUUAGGAGAUGCACCAAAUGACCCACGUGGAGGGACUUUGCUCUCAGUCACUGGAGAAGUAGAGCCCAGAGGCUAUCUUGGCCCACCUCAUCAGGGUCCCCCUAUGCACCAUGCCUCUGGUCAUGACAGCCGUGGCCCUUCCUCACAUGAGAUGAGGGGAGGGCCAUUAGCAGAUCCCAGAAUGCUAAUUGGAGAGCCCAGAGGACCCAUGAUGGAUCAAAGGGGUCUACCUUUGGAUGGUAGAGGUAGUAGAGAUUCUCGAGGGAUGGAGACUCGAGCCAUGGAAACUGAGGUCUUAGAGACACGAGUAAUGGAGAGAAGAGGAAUGGAGACCUGUGCAAUGGAAGCCAGAGGGAUGGAAGCAAGAGGCAUGGAUGCAAGAGGAAUGGAGAUAAGGGGCCCUGGCCCCAGUUCGAGAGGCCCUAUGACUGGUGGAAUCCAGGGUCCUGGUCCCAUUAAUAUGGGGGCAGGUGGUCCUCAGGGACCCAGACAGGUCCCAAGCAUUUCAGGGGUGGGAAAUCCUGGAGCUGGCAUGCAGGGGGCAGGCAUACAAGGAGCAGGCAUGCAGGGAGCGGGCAUGCAGGGAUCGGGCAUGCAGGGAGCAGGCAUGCAGGGAGCGGGCAUGCAGGGAGCGGGCAUACAAGGAGUGGGCAUGCAGGGGGCCGGCAUACAAGGAACGGGCAUGCAGGGGGCGGGCAAGCAAGGUGGAGGCCAGCCUAGCAGUUUUAGUCCUGGGCAGAGCCAAGUAACUCCCCAGGAUCAAGAAAAGGCAGCUUUGAUCAUGCAGGUUCUUCAACUGACUGCAGAUCAGAUUGCCAUGCUGCCUCCUGAGCAAAGGCAGAGCAUCCUGAUUUUAAAGGAACAAAUCCAGAAGUCUACUGGAGCUUCUUGAAAGGUUUGGGGAAAUAUUUGGUAGUAGUCCCAGAAAGUUUUUCUGUAAUGAAGAAUGAAUGUAAAAAUCUGGCUUCUGCAUCUCCACACUUGAAUGAUUUGACUUUCUCUCUUCCCAGAACCUAAUCUCAUUUCUUCUUGCUGUCUUUUUCUUUUUUCUAAUUUCCUUUUAAUUGGGGGGGGGGGGGGAGGAGGGAGUGGGUGUGUUCACUUUAAUUCAUUGUAGAUAUACAAAAAUAACUUUCAACAUGAUUAUAUUGUACCAAAUAAGAUUACAAAGAAGAUGCAGCAAUAUUAAAAAUGUCUACAAUAUGUUAACUACACCUUUCUAAAUAUCGAGUGAAACGAUGUGAAAACUGCACAUAAAGACUAAAAGAUGACCUGUUACAAUGGUAAUGUAGUAAUAGUUUAAGACUUUUGGUUGUAUAAGAAAAUAAAGAAGUUUACCUCAGAAUUAUACGAUAUAUUUUUUGGUAAGCCAUUUAAAAUACAAAAUCCUAUUUGAGGGCAAUAGAAUGCUGUAUUAGUUUAAGCAUUGUUUUAGUGUUUUGGAAUAAUUUUGAAGCUUUAGAGCUAACAGGAUAAGUCUCAGCUUGUGGUGUGGGAAUUGUUUUUUUCUAAAGCUAUGCUAUCUGAAAAGUCAAGGCAUGCAUCUGGUGUGACAUUGUUUCUUUCAUUUAGCCCACCUUU